AUGGCGGAGUGCGGCCGGAAGGCGCUGUCCCUCCUGGAGGCGGCGCGGUCCCGCUACGAGAGCCUGCAGAUAUCCGACGACAUGUUCGGGGAGUCCGGGGACGACAGCAGCGACAACCCCUUCUACAGCACCUCCGGAGACUCCGACUCCGACAACUACAUCGCCGAGGUGGGCGAGGAGGAGCAGCCGCAGCAUCAGCACCACAAGCGGGGGGGCAACAAGGAGACCGGCCACGGCGGGAGCAGCGGAGCCGGUCCCCCGGGGUCUCUGUCCCGGAGCCAGGCGGAGGAGGAGGGCUGGACGGAGGGGCUGCAGGACGUCACGGUGCCGCCGUACAAAGACACAUACGGCCCGGCUCAGAAGAUGCCAGCCACCGCCACAGCCUUGGACUUUUUCCAGCUCUUCGUCCCGGACAAUUGCAUCCAAAACAUGGUCACCCAGACCAACAUGUACGCCAAGAAGUUCCAGGAGCGCUUCGGCUCAGACGAGGGCUGGCGUCCCGUCACCACCCAGGAGAUGAAGGCCUUCCUGGGCUUCGUCACCUCCACCAGCGUGCAGCGCUGCGAGUCGGUGCUCAGCAUCUGGAGCUCGGGCUUUUUCAGCAACCGCAGCAUCGCCCUGAAGAUGAGCCAGGCACGCUUUGAGAAGAUCCUCAAGUACUUCCACAUCGUGGCUUUCCGGCCAUCGCAAGGAAGCAACCAGGGCCUGUACAAGAUCCAGCCUUUCCUGGACUCACUGCAGCAGUCGUUCGGCUGCACGUUCAGACCGUCUCAGACACAGGUUCUUCACGAGCCUUUGAUAGACGAGGAUCCUGUGUUCAUCACCACCUGCACAGAGAGAGAGCUGAGGAAGAGGAAGAAGAGGAAGUUCAGCCUCUGGGUUCGACAGUGCACCUCCACCGGAUUCAUCUGUCAGAUCUCAGUCCAUCUGAAGGACGGCCAGGGCACAGACGGUCUGGCCACCUUGAAGAACAAGCCUCAGCUCCACAGCCUCGUGGCCAAGCAGCUCUGCCAGAACAUCUCAGGCAAGAACACCAUCAUCUUCACCGGGCCGUCCAUCACGAGCCUCAGCCUUUUCACCGAAUUCAGCAAACAAGACAUCUUCUGCUGUGGUCUGCUGAGCACCAGGAAGAGCGACUGCACCGGCUUGCCACAGAACAUGCUGGUCUGCGGCUCCGUGCCGGCGCAGCGCGGCCAAUCACGGGUCAUGAUGCAGGGCGGCAUGUCGCUGAUCAGCUGGUACAACAAGGGACACUUCAGGUUCCUCAGCAACGCCUACUCCCCAACUAAACAAGGUUUGAUCAUCAAGAGGAAGAGUGGGGAGAUCCCAUGUCCUCUGGCUGUCGAGGCCUUUGCGGCGCACCUCAGCUACAUCUGCAAAUAUGACGACAAGUACAGCAAGUACUUUAUCUUCCACAAGCCCAACAAGACCUGGCAGCAGGUCUUCUGGUUGAGCAUCAGCAUCGCCAUCAACAACGCGUACAUCCUCUACAAGAUGUCGGACGCCUACACGGUCGAGCGCUACAGCCGAGCACAGUUUGGAGAGAGACUGGUGAGAGAGCUGCUGGAUCUUGAUGACUGCUCCCCCACACAGUGA